AAAGUCCUAUCUCAACUUGUUCAGAGUAGAAUUUAAUCAAUGCAAACAUCUAGAUAAAAAAUCAAUGAUAUUAAUUCAAAGGUGCAUAUCAUAAUCAUAACUACCAUUACUUAACGAAAGUCAUUCAAUUCAUUUCAGCUAUUAUUAGUUGGUUUAUCGGCCGUGUAAAUUCACAACAAAAGUCAUUACUGUUUUUGAAGAACAAAAACUAAUAAUCCGAUAGCUCGGUUCGAGUUCUUCAUACAUUACAAAGUGUUUGUCAUUCUUUCGAAACAUUUUUUAAUAGACACCUUUCGAAAGUAUUGCCACUUAGCAGACUCCGUUUGCUGUGUAUACUGAAACCAUAUCACAACCCUGAUCAAACUUCAGCUACAUUUUGAUUUAUUUGAUGCAAAUAAAGCGCUUUUUGUAUGGUUAUAACUACAAACCAAAUUUCUAUUAUCUAACACCAAUAAAUCACCGCGACACUUAGUCUGAAACGUUGCUGAAAUUCCGGAAAAUUUGAUCCUGUUCUGUCGUGUUCCUCAUCAUUAUUCGGUUGUAAUUUAUUUUUUGCCAGAGAUUUUACUUUUAAUUACCGCAACCGCCACCGUCGUCUCUAAUACUUUGCAGAAAACAUCUCAAAAUUAUCUCACUUUUGGAACCUUAAUUUUUAAUUUCAUAUAACACAAAUAUAAUUCAAUUAUCUUUUAAUUCAAUUUGUUCAUUUGCCGUUUCUGCAGUUCAAUUUGAUUGGUGUUAUUAUUGGUUGGGUCAUCUUUGUUAUAACAAGUACAAUUGUGAUAGAGGUUGAGGAUAAACGCGAAAGCAGUAGUGAUGAGAGCGAUCAAGAUAGUGGUUGUGGGGGAUGGAGCGGUGGGUAAGACUGCCCUGCUGGUUAGGUACACUGAGAACAUCUUCUCCUCAGAUUACAUCCCCACCGUGUCCGACCACUACGCCAGGAAUACCCAGCUCGACGGACAGCUCACCAGCAUGCAGUUGUGGGACACCCCGGGUCAAGACGAUUAUGACCGAAUGAGGCCAAUGCUUUACCAGGGCGCAGAGGCAUUCGUGCUUUGCUUCUCGGCUAGGAGUCGCGUAUCUUUCGACAACGCGCAUACCAAGUGGAUCGGAGAAAUACGACACAACUGUCCCAACGUUCCAGUGAUCCUAGUCGCGACAAAGAUAGAUCUGCGGCGACAUGAGUUGUUGGAACCCGCCAUCUCAAAAAAGGAAGGGGAGGAGUUGAGUGUGAGAAUCGGGGCUUACAAGUACCUGGAGAGCUCUUCACAAACAGGGGAGGGGGUCAACGAAGUCUUUAAUGAGGCAGCGCGCGCACACUUCUCUCCCCAAAUGAAUAAAGUACGGAAAGGGAAAAAGCAUAAGUGCAUCGUAUUGUAGCUUAUCAAUGAAAAAAAUCAUGUAAUCAUGUAAUUAAUACAAACUUGAAAAGAUUUAGUUUGUUCAUAAUUUUGUAAAAAAACUACCUAGCUUCAGUCUGUAAAAAAAUGGAUAUUAGAUACGAUAUUUUUGAAAACUUGUUGAAGUGUUUCCAGAAAGUUACCGAGUCAGUCGGCG